AUGACUGUUCCGCUUGAAUCACUGCCAAAUCGCCCAGACUUGAUCCCUUCGCCAGCAGCCGGAAUCCUCCACGGCUUCCUCUCCUUAGACUUCGAGCAACAAGCGACAUACCUCAGUCUUCACAUCGGAGACAACACGGCUCGAGAUAUGGACACGAUAAAAGCAUUGGUGGAAUUAGGCGAUAGUGUUUUCCCUGACUUGGCUCCCGAAGUAAAGAUUGGAGUACUCAGGAUCUUUGACACCAAUGCCUUCGCGCAAGGAAACACCAGCGGCAUUUUCCCCAAAGCGUCCAAAAUCAAUCAUUCUUGUCUUCCUAAUGCUCAUUGCUGCUGGAACGACCGUGUCGGGCUCUUCACGGUUUCGGCAGUGCGAAAUAUUGCGGCGGGUGAGGAAAUCGAAAUUUGCUACAAGGCGAUGUGUCGCACACGCGAGGAGCGCGCCGAGGAUUUGAGCGUCCAGAACUUCAUCUGUGGCUGUAAAGCGUGUGAUGCAACGACGACCUUUGGUCGUAAAAGUGAUGAGCGGCGGAAGCAGCUCGCUGAGAUCGAGCAAGCUUUGUCGAUGUAUUUGAACGUUCCUGCACAGAUUCUUGAUGUAGUCCCAGGCUUCGACAAGAGGGAGCUUCUUCGUGUGUUGAAUGUCAUGGAAGAGCUGCUGAAGGCGGAGGGUAUCAACGACAUAUAUAGGUUUGAUCCGUGA